AUCCGAUUCACAAAUCCGAAUUCUAUUUUCUAAACUUUUCUGGUUCUAAUUGACCGAAUAUGGACCAUGUGGAGAGCCUCCAUCACAUCGGCACUUGAGCCUUUCCUCCCUUCCCGAGGCCGACAUCACCACCACUGCCAUCACUCCUACGAACGAAUCGCUCUACCUAAAUCGCUCAAUUGACCAUUCUUUGCGGGGUUUGACAUCCCGUCAUGUGAAUCACCCACAGCCUGCCAAAUGCUGUCACGUCAUGUCCCUCCCAGCGCUAUCGCCGUUGGAGUCCUUUCCGAAUGAGCUCCUCGACUACAUCAUCUCCUCCGUCGCGGCGUCUCCUCCCUCGUCGGCGCGACUACAACAGCCACCAAGUCAUCGAAUUGCCAAGAACAGCACUCGCGACUUGAAAAAUCUCUCCCUGGUCUCGUCCGGUCUGUGCGCGCUGGUGCGACCUCGGCUCUUCGCGCAUGCCUGCUUCAACUUGCGAAAUGGGCGCGCGUUUCUGGAUUUCGUCGCGCAAUCGAGUCUGAAACGCCAUGUAACAUCGAUCGUGGUCAAGGGGAAUGACUCGCCGGAGAAUCGGGAGGAUCCAUACUGGUGGCGGCGGGUGUUGUACGAGCUGGAUCCGUUACGGAUAACGGUGGUUGCGCCGCCGUCGUUUAUCGGAGCGAUGUUGGGGACGCAAAUUCAAGAGGGACAUAGCUGGGCAUUUGAGAUUCCGCUUCAGGUCCUGCAUCUCGAGCGGGAUGCUCGACAGGAGGGCUCUGUGCGGCUAGAGGAGCAUUCGAGCCUUCUGUCAGCCCGAGAUUGGCAAUCGCUCGAGUUCAACGAGGCCUCUUCUCUCAAAGCAUAUCACCAUUAUGAGUACUUUCUGCUCCGCGUCCCAUCGGUCUUUGAUCAAUGGGGUACACUGGCCCAUCCCCCGGACCGUCCAGCAGACCUACCCUCAACCCUCUCACUAAACCGCCUAACGACAUUCAGCUACACCGCCGUAUUCCCCUUCUACAACCACGUGAAUCUAGUCCUGGACGCAGUAUUCCUAAUGACGAGCCUGGAAUCACUAACCACCCAACUUGCCCCUUGUCAGAACGAUCGCGUCAUCGAAAUCGAGCAGCGGGGAUCAAUUGACCCCAGCGAUCCGUGGAUGGAACUUGCUACGGGUGCCCAAUCUUCCAAUUCUUUCACGUUAUCUGAUCCUCCACCUGGGCAUUUCAUUGACACCGUGGCCAAGCCGGACAACAACCUGGACCAGCUGCCGAUGGAAAAGAGACUGGCGAUUGCCAAAUACGACGCAGAGGAUUGCAAGGAUGCAAUUCACGGAUCUCGAAUUCCAAAAACUUUGGGCGAGCAGGUUCAUCGACUGUGCACUAUUCGCGGCAUACGACAUCAUUAUGGCUUUGCCCAGGAGCUCCGUGGAGUCACUCCAGAGUUCACGCGCGCCUUGAAUGCCCGGGAUAUCAUGAGCGGUAUCAUACCAACCAUCUCGCAGCCUGAAGAGACACCUUAUUGUAUCUGGUAUCCCGAAGUCCCGAAAGAGGAUAUUCUCCGAGCUCUGGUUCAACGAUACCCGGAUAUGCUCUAUCAUGCCGCUCGUGCCUGUGCCGUCGCAGGAUAUUUUGAUAUGUAUCAAGAGCUCGAUCCUCUUCCGGAGGUCCAUGUCGCAGAGGAGGCUGGCUAUGCAAGCAUGCAGAAAAGCAGCAACGGCAGUCAACAAAUUUAUCAGCACAUUCUCUCUCAGCCUGUGAAGUUCGAGAUCAUGAACGACUAUACACGUACGAGCCUUACUGCCAGAUCGAAGUACUAUGGUCCUCGGGAGUUUAAAAUCGACGCCAAACCAUGGCACAGAUUUUGCACAGAUCCCUAUUACUUCAAUAUCACCGAAGACUGGGGAAUAGAUGACCAUGACUGCGAGGCCCCUAAGGCACCAGAGGAUUAUUUCCCACUGGUGUAUAGCCCACUCCCUGCAGAUCUCCCGUUCAUCAACAAGGACAAACUCAUUCAUGUUGCCGCAUACAAUGGCGAUAUCGAUCGCUACGCACGACUUCGAAGACCGCAGAUGCUCAAACAUGAAUGGGCCAUGGUGAUACAUGGCAUUUACCACAAUGCAAUUUUUGCCAAAUGGUGGACUACACAAAUCGCUGAGCACCCGGAAGAUAGACGUGAGAUCAAGAUUCGGUGCGCGAUCAAUGCCCGGCGCAUCAUGUCCGACGACCUGUCUUGGCUCACAGCGGAUACUCCUGGGAAGCUACUACCAGAUUUUAUCUGGUAUCCAGCUGUCGCUCACUGUGUGACCUAUGAAAAGCUAGCCCACAUGAGACCAGCUAUGUUUGAAACAUGUCUACGGGCCUGCAUAGUCGCAAACGAUCCAUGGACGUGGGAUGAUUUGCUGCGCGCCGCGCCUGACAUCUUCAAGUUCACCCGCGACUCCAGCGAGCCCGAAGAUCCCAAGCUGUGGUGGCUGUCCAAACAUGCUCGCUACGGGCUGUGGAGGGAAGCAGCUGCCUCAUCAAACAGAAAUUUCCAAAAAGACAUCUCAGCAGCUGUGCCUGACGCCGCUCAAAAGUUCAAAACUCCGCACAACAACAGCGACUGGUGGGGGGACUACUACGUUGUGAGGGAUCUUUACUUCCCAAAUCGGUCCCGGCUUGUCCGGCUCUAUGACCCGGUUCAACCGGGAUUCAAUGAAGGUCCAUACGAUGGAAUGGGUUGCGGAAUUGGUGAUGUCGAUCUUGCUUUGUUUCUCGGCGAUGCCAUCUCGAGAGAGACUUGGAAGAAAGAAAUGGAAGAUGAAGGAUCAUUGCAGGCCUGUAUUGAGGAAAUUUGGGACUUACUAGAGCUGAAUCAAGCUCCUAGGUAGAUCGGAUUCUGAAUCAAUCGAUAGGUGCUGCAACCUAUAUCAGAUGAAACUUCAACCUUGGAAGUUCAAGCAAGUUGAUACCUAAAGUACAUGAUAUAUACAAGGCCUUCUAUGUAGAAUUAUCUUCCCUCAUGCUGAACAACCU